CCUUUAAGCUUUUCAGAACAUCUCGCCUCGUCCAAGUUCUUCUUGAGGCGUUUGUCCUUUUGAAGGGGGGGCCUAGCUAGUAGUACAUGUAGAGCAAGGCGCUUGUUUGUUUGGUAUACCGGUAUAUCACUACCAGUACUAGCUAGUAUCGUUCCUCUACUUUGCGAGAGUUGUUGACCAUGAAGGCCCGCUUCUUCGUUCCUCGCUCGCUUCGAAAGCGACUACCAAAGAAGAAAUGGGCACCAGUUAGAGCGGAAUCAGAGCCACUGAAGGAUUCAUCGUUGCCUGCUUCAUCAAUCAAGAAGGAACCAUCAGUGGCCAAAAAAUCACUCGAAGUCAAUCCAAGUGCUACGGCGACUGCCAAGGAGGCUACCCCUCAGAAGGCAAUGGCAGAUGAGCCUCCCUUGACGAAUCCAUUCAACCUUUUGGCGGCCUCGACAGAGAACGUUGAGCUUAGUUCUCGUCUUCGUGCCUUCUCCAACAACUUUGGUAUCAUUGGUGCUCUCUGGUGCACUUUGAGCAUCAGUGCCCUUUCUGUGGCGCCUAUUGACGAUGUCUACAAAGAUACAGAACGCAUCGAAAACAUAUCUCCCGAGAGCACAGCCGUGUUGGUCCACCGACGAACGACAAAACUGGUCGUACCCACCCCUAAGCCGCCACCUGACGGCAGAAGACGCAAACCAGUGCUUGUCAAGUAUUUUGGCAUGAGUGAACAUCUCCUGGAAGAUAUUUAUAUGGCUUCUUGGAGUGCCUCCUUCUUUGCCAGUGCCAUUGGACUGGGGCUUUCUACCGUGGUAUCAGGCAUUGUGGCGUCCACAGCUCCAGCGUAUGUCAAGAUCUUUGUCAGGAGGCACUCAGAUAUUCUCCUGGCUAUCCCCAUGUGCCAGGCUCUUUCCAGUGGGUGUGCAGGAAUUGGUUUGUCCGUGGGGCUGGAUGAAGCAAGAGGUGAGCCUGUUUCUUUUAUUGGCUUUGCUGGAACGAUUGGAGGUGCUGCUGUUGUCGGAAAUGCAACCUUCAAGGUUCUGAAAGGCUACAAGGCCUACAGGGCAGCCGGCAAGCUCAGUGCUGCACCGAAGCAACCCUAAGAUUUCGGAUGGAGAGCAGCUUUGGAAGACUCAAGCAUCCACUUCAACAACGACAACUUUCAUUUUCUCCCUCGGUUCGAAGGUGCCACAGUAGUCUACUCAAUCUACCUCUUGCUGUGUUUGUUGUGCCGAGGCAUUGGAUUGAAUUCUUGUAGCAUGAAGCCCCCAUGCAUGAAGGGCGAUUGAGGUCAAGUCAAGCAGCACGCAUUUCAAGUUUGGCAGCUAGAAGUGUGAUCCUUUUCUAGCCAUCCUAUGAUGUUUGAAUAAUUUGACUUUUGAUGCUGGCUAGCUAUUGGGUCUUUGAGCCCGGUACCACCGUAAUUAAAUUGAGCAGUAGCGAUUAUCGAAUGUUCAGUGAUCCAUUAACGUCAUGCUGUAGCACUUGCAAGCUGCUCUGGUACAAACAUUACGGUAUCGUGACUGACAGUCACUUUGCUUCCCAUUCGACGUCAUUUUUCUGGACUACGCUAUGUAACUGAUUCUCAAAAACGUGAUAAUAGUUCCAUUUAUUCUUGU